GAAUGGAAUAAAUUAAUUCACAUUCACCGAUAUAAAAAUAGGACUCCUUCAAAAACCCGAAGUCGUUCCAUUUCCGCAAAAUAAAGUUCUCUCGUAUAAUAAAGGUAUAUUGCUGAGUUCAUGAACCUGACCGUGAUUCGUUGUUAUCCUCGCUUCAGUAACUCGAUGUCUUCGAGCAUGUGCUAAACCAGAUGCACAGCCACGACGAAGGCGUCGAAGGAGGGACACUGACGUUUCUAUAAAGCCGGCUCAAGAGUAGAACGAUUGUUAGUAUACUUCGAAAGCUAGGUCAACAAUCGUUUUGUGUUGUGGCAGUAGCAUUUUAAACCAAGUGACCUACUAACCAAUAUCUCUGAAAAACUCAGCCGUUAGGAAUCUAGUGCCUUUUGAGUUUUCAUAAAGACUGAGACGCCUAAGUGACAUUUAAAGUGAUCAACCUGUGAUAUUAGUGAUUAGUUCAAAAUGCCAGCUCCAAUUCCUGAUACUAUCAAUGAACAGGAUUACGAGAAUGAUAUCGACGAAAUACCAACAACAAAACUCUUAGAAACUAGAGACAGUAUUUCUUCAAUCGAUAGUGAUGUCUCUGUUUCAUUCGAUAAAAUUCAAGAACAUGAAGACAACCCGAAUGAAGUUGAAGACGAGGGUGCUCACAUGGCAGAUCUUUCGGACAGUUCAUCCGACAACGGAUCUGCAGGUGGUGGCAAAGAUUCUGGAUGUGAAGUAACUCCUGAAGUAACUGAACCACCAUUUAACCCCCCAUCUGAGGAACUGGCCGAUAAAAUUGUUCAACAGGUAGAAUUUUAUUUUUCUGAUUCCAACAUAACUAAAGAUGCUUUCCUUCUGAAACAUGUUAAGAGAAAUAAAGAGGGAUAUGUUUCGUUGAAACUAAUCUCUAGUUUCAAAAGAGUAAAACAUCUAACAAAAGAUUGGAGAGUGGUAGCACAUGCUUUAACGCGUUCAACUAAAUUAGAGAUUAAUGAAGCUGGAACAAAAUUGAGAAGAUUGGAACCAUUACCACAAUACGAUGAAACCACACCUUCCCGAACAAUUGUAGCAGUAAAUAUGCCUAUUGAAAAACCGACAAUCGAAAAUGUUGCUGAACUUUUCAAGCAAUGUGGCGAGAUAGCGCUUAUUCGUAUAUUGAGGCCCGGAAAUCCGAUUCCAGGAGAUGUGCGUCAAUUCAUCAAUAAGAAUCCAUCUUUGGCUGGUAUGGUAUGUGCUUUGGUCGAGUUUGUCCACUCUGAAUCGGCGAGAAAAGCUAUUCAGCUUCAAGCUCAGGUUGGGGAAACCAUGAAAGUGUACGAAUUGAACAAUAUUCCCCAUCCUGAAAGGAAAAAGAACAAGAAUAAGAAGAAUAGCAAUCCCAAAAUAUUGUCAUCUUCAUCCGACUAUCUUUCAUCCUGCCAGUCUAGUUCGGAAGCUGAAGAUAUGAGAUUGAGAAUCGAUCCAAGAAACCGUUUGAGGAGAGGUUCUUCCGCACAUUUCCCAUCUAGAUAUAUAGAGCCCGCUGCUUGGUUACAACGAAGACUAUCCGCAUCAAGUACUGAAGCUAAUUUCAUUUACAUGCCAAGAAGGUUGUCUUAUAGUAGCAGAGAUUCAAGUGAUUCAAAUUUAUUUUUACCUCGAAGGAUGAGUGCCUGCAGCAUCAGCAGUUCUGAUUGCAGCUCGAGGAGAUUGUCAUCCGCUAGCCAGAGUUCCGAAUACAGCAGCCCAAGGUCUCGAAGCAACAGUGCUGCUUUCCAGAAUUUUGAAAAUAUCGUAAGGCUGCCCAAGGGCCCAGAUGGAUCCCGAGGUUUCCGUCAAAGGAUGACGUAUACUGUUGCUCACUAAAUUUCCAAAAUUUUCAACUGCAUACAAGAAUUCUGAUGAAUCACUUUUGAAUAACUUACUUCGGAAAUGAAAUUUCUAUUGUGGGUAAUUAGGGGAAAAAAUUCUAGCUCUAAAUCCGGAACUGAAUGCAGAACCUUCAGACCGUUGCGAACUGAAGAAGGAAGUAUUGGAUGAAUGAACAAAAUUAUAAAUUCAAAAUAUAAAUCUACACGUACGUUGUGAGGUCAUUAUCCAAGGCUCGAUCAUUCUUGUUAUACGUUGAAAAAUUGAUGUGUCGGAAUCUUCCUGUUCAGUUAGUUAGAAGAGCACACAUUCACAAAAUUAAUGCAUCUUCAGUUCCACUUUGGACUGAACUUUCUCCAACGAAUCUUGGAGAAAUUAUGUAUUUGGAACGCCGAAGUAAGUUGAUCGAGUUGCGUUUCUCAUCUUAGAUAUAAUAUACAGUGAUUCACCAGAACUUGCAUUGAACAUGCUGAACAAGAAUUUAUUGAGUUAUUCCUCUAUUUUGUUUUAAAAAUAGGCCCAAUAAUUUUUGUCACCUACUAACCUUUUUUUCGUUUUCAGAUAUACGGUAUAUUUGAAUUUUUUUCUUUCUUCAGAUGUAGACGUCUCGUUUUGUGUUCUGUGAAUACAUUUUCUACUCAUUUCAAUAAUCUUGACUUAGAUGUAAAUACUGAAUUUAUUUAUUUAUUUAUUAGAUAAGUUUCUUCGAGUUUUCCACACGAAGGUGAUCAUUAUUUAUUAAAACAUGUGUGAUUGAUUGUAAUAAAUACAUUUACUUAAAAAUG